AUGCUGCAGUCCGUACGACGGGUACGUCCGUCUCUUUUCCUUGUGGUUCCCAUGCGGCUGAAGGGAACUCAGGGAAUCGUGUCUACUGCUACGAGUCAUGGAAAAAUGAGCCAUAGUCUCGUCUCUGCGCCUCAGCCUACUUCUCGCAUGCCAGAGGAGUUUUUCCUUCCCCCCAAUUCUAAUCGCUGCCGGCUAUGCGGCGAGGUGCAGUUCAGGGGAUUGACGCACACUGGGUCAGUAUUGCAUCAAUCCGUAGAAUCGAUCAUGUGGCUGUUAGUCGCCAGAGCCAAGAGGCACCCCAGCGGCGCUGUGGGUGUGUCUCCGGAAGCAUCUAGCGCCUUUUUUCUGGAGGAAACGCGGCGGUGGGAACGAGUGCUGGGUCAUUCCUCUUGUUUUACUCUCGCCCCACACAUGCAAGAGUUCGGCGAGACGGAAACAGGCAAUGAGUAUGUCACGGCGAAGUGUUCACCCGAUAUGGCGCCAGAGAAUUUGUGGCGUCAUGUCAUGGGGCGUAAGGCGUCACAAUUACGCGAGAAGCUUCAUGCCUUGAUGGAGUUGGGUUUGUUGAAACUCACGACGCCAAAUGGGGAUAAAACCGACCCCAACAAGUUUUACCGAGACGCUGGGUUUCAACGAAUGGAGUGCAUUGGCGACCACAAUUGGGGACAUUCUGUUUGUCACCGGCUGGUUGUGUUGUUCCCGGAGGUCAACUGGCGCACGCUGACGAACACGUCUGUUGUCGAUGCCCUCCGCACGGUACUGGAGAGCAACCAACACUUGGAUUACGUCUUCACAGCACUCCGCCUAGAUGAGAUUCUGAGAAACUGUGGGACGCAAAAAAUAUCAACCAAAUUGAAGGCGGAUGUAAUAGAGGCGAUUGCAGGGGAGUUGCAUGUGGCGUUGUGGUCACUUGAGCCAUAUGACACGGAUGGUAUCAGCACACGUUUCUCUAUGCACGGUGCAACAGUUGCACCUUCUUUGGCAAUUUUUGUGAGAGUUUGCCUGAACGAACUCAUGGAUAUUAUUCUUUACUGCCACAUGGCAAAGUAUAAUGUACCGCUUGUGCGGGCCGUUGUGGAACUUUGCCGCCGUGAGGCAUAUCUCAUGGAUUGGCUGUCGUCGCCAUAUUACGCCCUGAGCAAGUCACGGCGGUGGCGAUCGAGCACGACUGGCAGGCCGCGCUGGAUUCUUCCCUCACCCCCGCCGCUGCAUCAUGAACCGCAGCCGCAGUGCUGUGGCGCCAGCACACACAUUGCCAUUUCAUGGGCGUAUGCGCCAGUGCCAGUGACAACCCCCGAUGAAAUUUAUGACACGGAAACGGUUCUCACAGACGGAUUGCUGCAGGAAACGAAAAGGCCAGUGACAGCCGCGGUCGAACGACACAACACGUGGCUUGCCGCACGUGAGUUGAUGCACACCUGCGAUGCCUUCAGGUUACUGUCGAGGACACAAACUUAA